AUGGCAGCCGUACAACAGAAAACGAGCCUUGAGGCCAAUGAGAAGGGCCAGCACAUCUAUGCCAACGAUGUCGACAGCUCCCAGAUCAGUUCUCCGAGUGAUCUUGAUGAGUAUCCCGAUCCAGAUGCCGGCAAAAGCGAUGAGGAGCGCGCCAGACUUGACAAGGCGCUCGUCUGGAAAAUGGACCUGUGGUUGAUCCCAUGGCUCUCGCUCCUGUAUCUGCUCUCGUUCUUGGACCGGACCAACAUUGGAAACGCGCGCGUUGCUAAGAUGGAACCUGAUCUUGACAUGGGAGGCCGAGACUACAAUGUCGCCCUGACUAUCUUCUUCAUCUCCUACGCCGGAUUCGAGCCACUUACCAACAUCGCGAUCAAGAAAUGGUCUCCUCGUGUCUUCUUCACCGCCAUUAUCCUGGCUUGGGGUGUUAUCAUGACUCUCAUGGGUGUAGUUCACAACAGGGCUGGUCUAUUGGCGUGUCGCUUCUUCCUUGGUAUCGCUGAGGCGGGACUGUUCCCCGGUGUCAACUACUACCUUUCUUGCUGGUACAAGCGUCAGGAACUUGGUUUCCGUGCCGCUCUCUUCUUCUCCGCCGCAGCACUCGCAGGCUCUUUCGGCGGUCUGUUGGCCGCUGCCAUUACUCAGAUGCACGGAGUGGGCGGUUAUGAGGGUUGGCGAUGGAUCUUUAUCAUCGAAGGCUUGAUGACAGUCUUUGUUGGCGUUUUCUGUUGGUGGAUGGUUUUCGACUUCCCAGACACGGCCCGAUUUCUUACUGCCGACGAGAAGCUACGAGCUGUGCGCCGACUAAAGAUGGAUGGACAAGCCCGCGCCAAGGUCGGAAGCAUCGACCGCCGACACGUUUUCGCCGCCCUUCGCGACUGGAAGACCUGGGGAUAUGCUGUCAUUUACAUGGGUUGCCUUUGCCCAUUGUACUGUUUCUCACUCUUUCUCCCGACUAUCCUUCUCGGCAUGGGCCACCAAGGUACCAAGGCACAGCUUUUGUCCGUCCCACCCUACGCCGUUGCCGCUGCUGUAACGGUUCUUGUUGGUUACGUUGCCGACAAGACAAAGUUGCGUGGUAUCUGCAACAUGGUCGUUUCGGCGAUAGGAUGCGUUGGUUUCGCAAUGUUGCUUGCCACCACGAACCCACAGGUUCAAUACGCUGGCACAUUCCUCGGCGCUGUGGGUAUCUACCCCACAGUCUCCAACACGCUAACGUGGGCUUCCAACAAUGUCGAAGGAUCGUUGAAGCGUGGUGUCAUGGUCGGUGUCGUCGUCGGCUGGGGUAACAUGAACGGUGUUGUGUCGUCCAACAUUUACAACCAGUGGGAGAAGCCGCACUACCGCACUGGCCACGGCAUCGUCCUUGCAUACAUGUUCUUGUUCUUGUUUGGUGGAACUCUUUUCAUGCAUGUCGCGCUCAAGCGUGAGAACAAGCUCAGAAAGGAGGGUAAGCGCGACCACUGGGUGCAGGGCAAGACCGAGGAUGAGAUCGAUGACAUGGGCGACGUGCGACCAGACUUCUACUACACUACCUAA